CCGGAAGUUGAGAACACGUUGGUGUUGCAUCGCUGUAUAGAGGUUCAUUCGAUUUUCCUCCGUGAAGCUUCCGAGCAGAGGGGACCAGGCGACUUCCUAACCGGGUGUAAAAUGACUGAACCAGAAGUGAACCCCAAAGCCUACCCAUUGGCCGAUGCUCAGCUUACAAAGACUCUUCUAGAUCUGGUACAGCAGGGUUCCAAUUACAAGCAGCUUCGUAAAGGGGCCAAUGAAGCCACAAAAACACUAAACAGAGGGAUUGCAGAGUUUAUUGUAAUGGCAGCGGAUGCAGAACCACUUGAGAUCAUUCUUCACCUUCCUCUUCUCUGUGAGGAUAAGAAUGUCCCCUAUGUCUUUGUGCGUUCUAAGCAAGCAUUGGGAAGAGCCUGUGGUGUCUCAAGACCAGUUGUUGCAUGUGCGGUUACUAUUAAAGAAGGUUCUCAGUUAAAGCCCCAAAUCCAAUGUGUCCAGCAAUAUAUAGAGAGACUGCUGGUGUAA